UAGCCGGUCCUUCCUUACCGGCAUUCAGUAUUGUCCCGGACAGGGCAGACGCAACUUUGUGAUAUUUAUUUAUUUAUUGAAGUUUUAAUUUACCAAAGAUGCUCGGCCUGUGCCUUUACGUCCCCGUGUCUAACUCGGACCCGAUUGAAGUGGAAUAUUUCGAGUCUAACGGACUUCCAUCUGAGUUGAAGUCUCUUUUUAACAAACUCAGCGUGUUCCUGCCGUCCCAAGAGUUUUCAGCCUACCAACGAUGGCGAAAGAAAACAUUAAAAAGGGAAGAAAACAACUCGGACGGACAGCUGGACUUUGAGGAGUUUGUUCACUAUCUACAAGACUACGAGAAAGACCUGAAGCUUGUGGUGAAGAGUCUCGACAGGAAGAAUGCAGGCCGCGUUGACCCUAAAGAGUUCAUGCAGUCGCUCCGUGACCUUGGUGUGCAUAUUUCUCUGCAACAUGCGGAGAAAGUCCUUAAGAGCAUGGAUAAGAACGGCAUGAUAACAAUCGGCAGUAAAGACUGGAGCAAGUAUGCCAUGGUGGAGAAGACGGAGAACAUUCCUGAGAUCAUCCUUUACUGGAAACACUCCACGAUAUUCGAUGUUGGAGAGAAUCUCAUGGUCCCCGAUGACUUCACCAUUGAGGAGAAGCAGACUGGGAUGUGGUGGAGACAUCUGGUCGCAGGUGGAGGAGCAGGAGCAGUUUCGAGGACCUGCACUGCCCCCCUGGAUCGACUCAAAGUCACGAUGCAGGUUUACGGAUCCCGAACCAACAACAUGUGCAUCAUGAGCGGACUCAUGCAGAUGAUCAAAGAAGGUGGUACGAGGUCCUUGUGGCGAGGAAAUGGUGUGAAUAUCCUCAAAAUUGCCCCCGAGUCGGCCCUCAAGUUCAUGGCUUACGAGCAGAUUAAGCGUUUAAUCGGCAGUGAUAAGAAAGCUCUGAGCAUCCUGGAGCGGUUUGUUGCAGGAUCUUUGGCAGGAGUGAUUGCCCAGAGCACAAUCUACCCCAUGGAGGUGCUUAAAACCCGUCUCGCUCUGAGGAAGACCGGCCAGUAUGCUGGCAUCACUGACUGCGCCAAGCAGAUCUUCAGAAGAGAAGGCCUCGGCGCGUUUUACAAAGGAUACGUCCCCAACAUGCUGGGCAUCGUGCCCUAUGCGGGCAUUGACCUCGCAGUGUACGAGACGCUAAAAAACACCUACCUCCAGCAGUAUGGCACCAACAGCACAGACCCCGGUGUGUUCGUCCUGCUGGCCUGCGGCACAGUGUCCAGUACCUGCGGUCAGCUCGCCAGUUACCCCCUGGCUCUGGUCCGAACCCGCAUGCAAGCACAAGCUGCAGUAGAUGGCGGCCAACAGCAGGUGACCAUGUCCAGCCUCUUCAGGCAGAUCCUGCAGAACGAGGGGCCCACUGGGCUUUACAGAGGCCUGGCCCCCAACUUCCUUAAAGUCAUCCCUGCCGUCAGCAUCAGCUAUGUUGUGUACGAGCACCUGAAGACACAGCUGGGAGUGACCUCAAGAUAAGGCUCCCUAGUCCCCCACCCCUCACCCUCCCAAGGCUCAUGCUAGGAAUCCCCCCCGGGGGGCUUUCAGGCCCCUCCAGAGGUUCGCGGAGCCAUUUCAUUCUGUGAAUGUCAGCUGAUGAAAGACUAGAAAGGACACGACGAGGUGGAGGUUAUGGACUCUGUGAGCUCAGGAUGUCGUGACUGCUGCUAUUACCUUUAAAGAGAAGCUGAACGGUGACUGUAUGAGAAGCAAGGACCAAAUAUUUUUGCUCUUCUCUUGAGUGAAUCUUGGUGGAUAAAGCAUUAAAAUGCACGGAGUGAAAUGAUUGUCCCAGACGGGAAGAUUUUUGCACACAGUUUGAAUUUCUCUCCACCCCUGAAUGAAUGACUGAGUGACUGACUGACCGGAGUAUUUAUUACCACCCGUCCUGUAUUUAUUGUUUUAUUUAGAAAGGGAAGUAAAUCUUGAGCCAAAAUGUGCAACUACAUAAAUCAGCCUUAAUGUUGAUAACUACGUGUAGUUGUCUGAAAUGGUGAAAACGGGGCGGGAAAAGAAACUUUGCUGAUGCAAUGAGAUCGUUGAUGUGUUUAGUCGCCCUAAUUCUUGUUUAAUUGAAUGUUACUUAAUGUUCACCUCAGGUUAAAGGGCUGCUUUUUUUUUUCUUCUUUUUUUUCUUUCUUCAUUUUAAAGAAGAGCAUGUGUAUUUAGAAAGUGAAAAGACAGACGGCAUAAUGCACUUUAAUUAAAGCUAGUAAGCCUCUAAAUGAUGUUGUCAAUGCCGACUUAGUGUUUUAAUGGACCAUUUUCGAUGCAAAUAAAUGGAAAUUAUAAAUCUG